AUGGCGGCCACGCGGGGCGCUCUAGGCGCCUCCUCCUUCCCGUCCCAUGGUGCUCCGCGCGGCAAGAGGCACAGGAGCAAGAUGGCGGCGGAGCGGCAGGUGGCUGGCGGCGGGCGAGGCGCUCCCGGAGGCAAUGCUGGCGGUGGAAGCUCCGCGUCGGGCCCGGAGGAGAACAAGGAAAACAAGGAGAACGAGAAGCCGAAGCCGGGCGCCCUGGGAGACAGCCUGGGCCUGGAGAUUCUACAGAUUGUUAAAGAGUCGCAACAACAACAUGGAUUACGGCAUGGUGAUUUUCAGAGAUACAGGGGUUAUUGUUCCAGACGACUAAGAAGACUCAGAAAAACUCUUAACUUCAAGAUGGGGAAUAGGCAUAAAUUCACAGGGAAGAAAGUAACCGAAGAACUGUUAUCUGACAACAGAUACCUGCUCUUAAUUCUCAUGGAUGCGGAAAGAGCCUGGAGCUAUGCUAUGCAGCUUAAGCAAGAAGCCAACACAGAACCCCGCAAACGAUUUCACUUGUUGUCCCGCCUGCGCAAAGCCGUAAAACAUGCUGAGGAACUGGAGCGACUUUGCGAAAGCAACCGGGUGGAUGCCAAAACCAAAUUGGAAGCUCAGGCAUACACAGCUUAUCUUACAGGUAUGCUUCGUUUUGAGCGGCAAGAAUGGAAAGCAGCAAUGGAGGCUUUUAACAAGUGCAAAACCAUAUAUGAAAAAUUGGCAAGUGCUUUUACAGAGGAGCAGGCAAUAUUAUACAAUCAGCGAGUGGAAGAGAUCUCUCCAAAUAUUCGCUACUGUGCUUAUAAUAUUGGUGACCAGUCUGCUAUUAGUGAACUGAUGCAGAUGAGACUAAGAUCUGGAGGCACCGAAGGGCUUGUUGCUGAAAAGCUGGAGGCAUUAAUCACCCAAACUAGAGCAAAGCAGGCAGCUACGAUGAGUGAGGUGGAAUGGAGGGGAAGGACUGUGCCGGUCAAGAUAGACAAAGUGAGGAUCUUCCUCCUGGGACUGGCAGAUACUGAAGCAGCCAUUGCUCAGACAGAAGAAGAAGAAACUAAAGAACGUUUGUUUGAAUCCUUACUGAGUGAGUGUCGGGAUGCAAUACAAGCUGUACGUGAAGAACUGAAACCAGAUCAGAAGCAACGUGAUCACUCUUUGGAAGCAGAUUCAGGGAAAGUCACUAACAUCCAAUACUUGCACAGUUACCUGACAUACAUCAAGUUGUCUACAGCAAUCAAGCGCAAUGAGAGUAUGGCCAAAGCUUUGCAGAAGGCAUUGCUUCAGCAGCAGCAGCCACUGGAGGAAGAUGGCAAGCGCACCCCUCGGCCUCAGGAUCUGAUACGUCUCUAUGACAUCAUUUUGCAGAAUCUGGCAGAAUUGCCGCAACUUCCUGGUCUAGAAGAAGACAAAAACUUCCUAAAGGAGAUUGGGAUAAAGACACUUGUGUAUAAGGCUUACAGGUGCUUUUUCAUUGCACAAUCAUAUGUUCUGGUGAAGAAGUGGAGUGAAGCCCUUGUUUUGUAUGAACGUGUUUUGAAAUAUGCCAAUGAAGUCCAGGCUCAGGCCGGAACUUAUGAAAACAGCUUAAAGGAGCUGCCUGAUGUUCAAGAGCUGAUCACCCAAGUGAAUGCAGAGAAAUUCUCUUUGCAAGCCGCUGCUAUAUUAGAUGCAGAUGACAGUCAUGAGACUGAGUCCCCAUCCCAAGUCAAAGAUGGCAAGCCACUUUCUGAACGAUUUGAGACCUUCUGUCUGGAUCCUUCCCUGGUCAGCAAGCAAGCCCGCCUUGUGCAUUUCCCUCCAGAUUUCCAGCCCAUACCAUGCAAGCCUUUGUUCUUUGACCUGGCCCUCAAUCACGUCACUCUCCCGCCCCUGGAAGACAAGGUGGAGCAGAAGUCAAAGAGUGGUCUUACAGGAUAUAUCAAGGGCAUCUUUGGAUUCCGGAGUUAACCAGGGUCACCUCACAAAGAAUGCUCAAUCUUCCUGUAUUUUGGGGGAAACCUCCAGCAGAUUCAGGGUUUAGCUUACCUAUGUUUAAAAACCCACAUGGGGGUUUUACAGCAUUUUCCCAGUAUUCUGUCUCUGUCUACCUGGUUUAAUGGGAGUAUUUCACUCUGAGAACUUGCGUAAUGUCUGUUUCCAACAUCUCAACCUUAUGGAAUGAACUUGAAGCCUCAAGCCACUUCUACACAAUGGCUCAGACAGAAACAAGAUUCAUUUUAUCUGAGCUAGGUAUAUUUACAGUUUAUUUCAUAGCUAAUACUAUCCAUUUAAUUUUUUUUUGAAAACCAGUGCACUCCUCUGGACCGUACAGAGCAGAGGGAAACCAAAGGCACAAUUCUGUAUCUGGUCUGGGUUGGGCUGCCUAAGAAGAGCUGAGCAAAUUCUUGUGCUGCUUGCUGCAUUUGGGGUUUAUUUACAGCCAUGUAUUUUCUUCUUGUAGUUUUAGUUCCAGAAGCUGCAGAGCUCUCAAAUGCUUGGAUUAAAGAUCAAGGUUGAUAGAUGGUGAUUAAAAUCGUCAAAGUAGAUUGUAUAGAAAUACAGUUAAAAGCCUAUGAUAUAAUAUUUCUUUGCUGAGGCUGUACUUCUCAUAGCAACAGAAUGUUUCUCAGAGGCCUCCUUCUGAAAGUAAAAAAGGCUUUGGAUUCAAAAAGAAUAAGCAUGUUACAUGUUUUCCUCUCCUUCUUCAACUUAGAUGGAGUUGAGAAAUCAAAUGGGGUGUUUUGCUACUUACUGGGUUUCUUCCUUCCUUUCCAUUUGGUUGUUUUGGGGAUUCUCUUGUCAUAAAGAAUCAACCAAUUAAGACACUGAAAUCUUAAGCAAUAAAGAUCUUAGCCAUGUGUUCAUGGGCAAAUCUUCCAUGAGAGCAUUUAACUGUGCUACAAAAGUCCAAGUAUCUUCAUGUGGAUAUCUAAAUCUUUGUGAAAAAUUGUACACAGAACUUUUCCGUGAGCUGUUUAACCUAGUUUGAAUGAAAAAAUUAGUUUAGUUUAAAUUCAUUUAAAGUUUAAUCUAGUUCAUUCAUAUCACACUGCCCUCCAGUUUUCUUCUGUUUCUUGGUAUUGUUGGGAAACAGUAUUAAAGCUGGAUUAUUCGGUUACAAAAAAAAUAUUCCACAAAUGCUUCUCGGUUAGCUUUGUAAUAGCCAAUUGCGGAAAACGGUAAUUUUCAGAUUAAAGAAAAAAUGGGUUUAAUUGCAUCAUUUAUUGGAUUUAACUUGUAUAUAAAGACAAUCCGUUUCCAUAGAUGCCUCGUCUGUUUUAAAAUAUGUAUAUGAAAUGGCAUUUCUAAACUCUGUGGGAGGAAAUUUCACAAAAAACAUAUUGUGGAAGAAAUGGAAGUAAAUAUUUUUUGGAUUUUAUCAAGUGAUAAAUUUCAGACAGAGAUGAAGUCUCCUUAACCAGUGAUUGAUCAGGUCUGUAGAAAGACAAACAGAAGCAACAUAUUAGUACAAUGGCUACAGCCCAGUCUCUUUCUAGUACUGUGCCUAUUUCUGUUUUUGUUGAUUGUCCUUUGCUUCAGGUUCCCUAGUCUUCCUGUAUUCAGAUCUGCAUUGGAUUUGAGAAUUGUGUUCUUCUUAUAUUAACAAACUAACCAUUUUGUUUUACCUUUCAGCCCAGGCCUGUGGGCAACUGGGUACAUUCCACUUCCACUGCUUUUGUCUUUGUUUGCUGUCACAGAUGGUUAAAACUUCCUUUGUUAAUGAAAUUGUGGCACAAAACAUAUUAGUUAUUCAUAAAAGAAAUCCUGAAACAAUAAAGACGCAUUACUGCUUUCUGAAGGGUAUGGUUUUUAAAUUACUGAGCCUUCCUUUUGAUACUUUCAUAACUAAAAUAUAAUCUAUAUAAAAUACAAUAAUUUAUAGAAUAAAUAUUAAUGGAAGAGUAAAAUCAACAGGUGAAUCCAGCAAUAAAAAAAACCUUUCUACCACAUAGAGGUGUUUCAUUUUCCCAAAACCACCCUCUAGUUUCAUUUUAACCUAACCAAAAUGUAUCAUAUGUAUUCUGGGAUGUUAGGAUAUAUUGUAUAUUUCACCCUUAGAUAGGUUCAUGUUUUGUUUAAAUCAGGCUUGAAAACCGCCAGGAUAUUUCUUAUGAUUCUCAUGAAUCUUUUAAUAUGUUUUGACAUAGCAUAUUGGGUAUAGUUACAACUUACGCUAUUCUCCAUAUAUAAUAAUAAUAAUAAUAAUAAUAAUAAUAAUAAUAAUAAUAAUACUUUAUUUAUACCCCGCCACCAUGUCCCCAAGGGGACUCGGGGCGGCUUACAUGAGGCCAUUCCUAUCAAUACAGUAAACACAAUAUAACAAAAACACAACAGAAAAUCAGAAAAUAAAAUAACCUAAAAUACAAAACCAGUGUAAAUAAGCAACACAACAAUAUAAAAUCGAAACACUAAGACACUAAAAAUGAUCACCGUGAGCAGGGCCAAAUUCAAAGAUUAAAAUUUUAAAACACUGGGAGACAGGGCAAUGUAAAAAUCAGGGAGGGGAUCCGGGGGAUGAUAGUAUUUAAUUACACAAGCAGAAAAUAAAGUGCUUCUGAGGGCGUUUUAUGCAGAGUUUGGUCAGAGAUUAUCAUACAUUCAGUCAUUGAAGGCAUAUUGGAACAGCUAAGUUUUCAGGCUCCUGAUGAAGAUUGCCAGGGUGGGGGCUUGCCUGAUGUCUCUGGGGAGUGAAUUCCAGAGUCAAGGGGCCACCACAGAGAAGGACACAAGUGCUACAAAAUUAUCUAAAGUUAAUAAAUCUACAAAGUACAAUUGCCUUAAUAGCAAAGCCAAAUAGUGUUGUAAAAUUUGAUCCUUUUGCCUGAAGUUGUAUGUAGCCUUAAAUCCUGUCAGGAGAGAUUUGUUAAAAGACGCUGGAUUGUAGAAAUAGAUUUGCGCUCCACAAUAGUUAAGGGUACAAGUUUUAAGUGAUUUGGAUUUACUUGCAUAUGUGAGAUGAAAAACAAAGUGUCAUUCAAUAUAAAGUAUUCAUGAUUGGUCAUAUUAUCUGUACGGUCUGCUAUUUAAUAGAUUUAUUUUGUUUUAAUUGAUCACAUUUAGGUUUCUUCUAGAAGGUAAACAAAAUGAUUUGGAAUGGCUAAAUACCUUGAGAUGUUUUGACUGAAAACUGAAUAUCACCUAAUAUAAAGUGCUUGUGUAUGAA